AUGCAGGCUUUGACCCCUCCCUGUGAACACCAGAGCCAGUACGUGUUGAGCACGGCCACCAAUUUGCUCCAGAGGCAGGCGAAGGCGCUCUCGUAUAUUGCGGACAUGUACACCAAUGACUCGCAGGUGCAGGCGCAGUUCUUUCGCGUCCUGACUCUUCUCCACAAUUGCGUGCUGGGCCAAAACAAGAUCGUGCUCACCGGUAUGGGCAAAUCUUUGAAGAUUGCUGAAAAAUUGGUUGCCACUUUACAUUCGUUUGGUAUUGCCACUGCGAGUCUCCACCCCAGCGACGCUCUGCACGGCGAUCUAGGCAUGGUCAAGCCCAGAGAUGUGGUGAUUAUGGUCAGCUCAAGUGGCAGUACCGCCGAGCUUUUACAGCUGUGGGAUCAUCUACCCAGCGAGCAGACGGUACUGGUAAUGACCUGCUCCUUGGACAGUAAAAUGGCACACCGCGCCACAGAGGUGGUGCCCGUGGUCAUCCCGGAUGACCAUCUGGAAAUCUCAGUAUACGGACUGGCGGCCCCCACCGUCACCACAACGGCAUGUCUGGCUGUGGGCGACGCUAUCUGCAUUUCCCUUUUUGAAAUGAUUGAAGCAGACUACAAACUUCGACGACACAACUUUGGCAGAUGGCACCCCGGAGGAGCUAUUGGCCGCUCGUACAAAGACGAGCCCGAAUCAGUUCCAACCUUCACACCGUGGCAUAAAAUUCCCAAACUAGCUGGCCCGCUAAACGAAACAAGCGAGUUGGAUCUCUGGCGUGCAGUGGCCCAGAGCGAGCUGAUCAUCGCCGGAAACACGGUGUAUUAUUCCGCAGAUAUUCUCAAUGCUCUCAAAUCAGGACAACCCGUUAAUGCACAUGGAUAUCCGGUGGACUCAAUACCCCGACUCGUUGGCCCCAUUCAAUAUUGCACCCAGCUCACAAUGAGCGUGGAGCAGGAUGAGCCGCAGGGACUGAUAUGGUCAAGCGACUGGAGCUGA